GAAGGCUUUAAAUUUGAUAUCAAAAGAAGUUCAUAGAAAAAGCUUUAUUUGAAGCGGCGGCCAAGGAAGCCUGGAUUGAGGAAGCCGAGCAAAGUCCGCUGUUUAGGGCGCCAUGGAUCCCUCUCACCAGCAGCACCAGUGGAUGCAAGCUCCCCACCACCAGGCCUGGGCCACCGCCGCGCCACCCGCCGCCGCCGCCACUACCACCUCCUCCUCCCAUGGCUACCACCAGCCCACCUCCCUUGAAGAGGUCCGAACCCUCUGGAUCGGCGACCUCCAGUAUUGGGUCGACGAGAGCUACCUCCACAGCUGCUUCGCCCACACCGGAGAGGUGGUAUCGGUAAAAGUCAUACGCAACAAGAUUACAGGACACCCUGAAGGCUAUGGAUUUGUAGAGUUUGUUUCUCAUGCAGCUGCUGAAAGAAUUUUGCAGAUGUAUAAUGGAUCUCAAAUGCCCGGAACUGAACAGGCUUUUAGGCUGAAUUGGGCCUCUUUUGGUCUUGGAGAAAGGCGGGAUGCAGGGCCCGAUCAUUCCAUUUUUGUGGGGGACUUGGCACCUGAUGUUACAGAUUAUUUAUUGCAAGAGACUUUUCGUGUUCAGUAUCCGUCAGUUAGAGGGGCCAAGGUUGUUACUGAUCCAAAUACUGGGCGUUCGAAGGGAUAUGGUUUUGUCAAAUUUGCUGAUGAGUCAGAAAGAAAUCGUGCAAUGACUGAAAUGAAUGGAGUGUAUUGCUCAACUAGGCCUAUGCGAAUUAGUGCGGCAACACCUAAAAAAACCACUGGGAUUCAGCAACAGUAUCCAGUUGCCAAAGCCAUCUAUCCAGCACCAACUUAUGCAACACCACAGCUACCACCAGUUCCACUGGACAAUGAUAUCACGAACACAAAUAUAUUUGUUGGUGGCCUGGACCCUAAUGUCACAGAGGAAGAACUGAAGCAGAUCUUUGCACAAUUUGGAGAGCUUAUCUAUGUUAAGAUUCCAGCUGCAAAAGGAUGUGGCUUUGUACAGUUUAGCACCAGAGCAUCUGCUGAAGAGGCAAUACAAAGGCUUCAGGGAACCAUGAUAGGUCAACAAAUUGUUAAGCUUUCAUGGGGUAGGAGUCCAGCAAAUAAGCAGGACCCAUCCGUUGCAUGGCAAGCAGAUCCUAGUCAAUGGGCUGGUGCUUAUUAUGGAUAUGGUUAUGAUGCAUACGCAUAUGGGGCCGCUCAAGAUCCAUCUUUAUAUGCCUAUGGUGCUUAUGCUGGAUAUGGACAGUAUCCUCAACAGGUGGAAGGUGUUCCAGAUAUGACAUCCAUGGUAGGUGCAGUCUCAAAUGUGGAGCAAAGGGAGGAUACCUAUGAUCCACUAGCCAUACCAGAUGUCGACAAGUUAAACACUGCAUACCUUGCUGUCCAUGGAAAUGCUAUGUUGGGAAGGCCCUUAUGGUUGAAGACCUCAGGGCUGUCCCAGCUAGCUUAGCUUCAGAUAGUAGCUGCCAGAUCAGUGCUGCCUGUCAAUACUGGAAUCUGAAAAGUCAGGGUUUGUCUAAUCGAAACUGGAUUAGUUUGAACCAGGCAGCUCAGUGAAAAUAGAUAGACAAGGUAGGGGUGGUUUAUCAUAUAUGUCAGCUUCUGCAUCUGUUUGUUUCCCCUUUGUAAAUUACACACUAAAAAUAGCUUCAGAGACAAGUUAGUUUAGCUGUCGAGUGAAAGGAAAUUUUCAUAUUGUUGAAUCUAGAUUUGGUUUAUAUGGAUAAUGGAAGGUUAUAUGUUUCUGAAAUUCUAAAUUUUGAUUUCUUUUUUUA